UAGACAAUAAAAACGUAGCCUGGCCACCUGAGGGGCCGACCCAUUCGGGCACAGGUGCUUUGGAGAGGAGCUUGCGGACGCACCCGCCAACAUGGGCCCGAGGAACGCUUUACGAGGACUGCUGACGGUUACGCUAGUCGUCAGCUGUGCAGUGGCUCAGCUGGUUGACUUUGAUUACAAUGGUUUUGGAGGAACUAACGGGUUUGACAACACAAACAACAAUGACCUAGGUACUGCUGCUGCCGCAAACACAAACAACAACAACUGUGGAGGAAACAGUAACUGCUGUGGACCUAGUGCUGGUGCACCUGGGCCCAGGGGCUACCCGGGGUCACGUGGUGCGCCUGGCUUCCCUGGACCGGAGGGUGUGCAGGGGGAGACGGGGAUGCGUGGUCCCGCAGGUUUCUCUGGAGACCCUGGAGCAAAGGGAGAAAGGGGAGACCCAGGACAGAUGGGGCCACCUGGUAUCAUAGGGCCUGCUGGACCCGCGGGGCCGAGGGGAAUACAGGGAGGAAAAGGCAGCAAGGGCACACAGGGUGAUCCUGGGUUACGGGGAGAGAAGGGCUUAAGGGGACAACAAGGUCUUCCUGGUAUGACUGGUGAACCGGGAAACCAUGGAGAGAGUGGGCCCAUGGGUAUGCCUGGACUCUGUGGACCUAAAGGAGAGGCAGGUGUUCCUGGUCUCCCUGGACCCCAGUCUCAAACGGAGGGUCCAUCGGGUCCAUCUGGACCCCCCGGUCUCCCCGGUCAACCAGGCCAGCGGGGCCAGCCUGGGCCGCCGGGGUCCUCAGGAUUCGGCAGCAAGGGAGAGCCUGGACUGCCUGGGAACCCUGGACUGGACGGACCACCUGGAAACCCUGGGAGACAGGGACCGCCAGGUGUGAAUGGACUGCCAGGGGGCCCUGGACCAAAGGGCACCAGAGGAGACCCAGGAUUACCAGGUCCACCAGGAGCUGGAGGGGAGAGAGGAGUGAUGGGGUUCCCUGGACCAAAAGGUGCUCCAGGUGAUGCUUCAGGUGUCAGUGGGCCACCUGGACCUCCUGGUCCCGGAGGUCCAGCAGGACCACCUGGUAGAAGUGGUCCAAAGGGAGAGAUUGGGUUGAAUGGUCCCCCAGGACCCAUAGGGCCACCUGGUUUUGGUCAGCCAGGUCCUGCUGGAGAGAGGGGUCCUUCAGGUCCUCCAGGUUUCCCAGGUGCUCAAGGAAAUCCAGGUCCAAAAGGAGAAUCAGGCAUCGGACUGCCUGGCGGACCUGGUCUUCCUGGCCCGCAGGGUGACACAGGUCCACCCGGUCCACAAGGAUUACAAGGUCAGGGAGGUUCCAGAACGUUUGACCUGAUGACUCGCCACAGCCAGACCACCAUGGUGCCGCAGUGCCUGCCGGGAAUGACCAAAAUGUGGGAGGGGUACAGUCUGCUGCAUGGGGAGGGAAAUGAGAGAGCUCACGGACAGGACCUCGGUACUGCCGGCUCCUGUGUACAGCGUUUUGCCCCCAUGCCGUUCAUGUUCUGUGACAUCAACUUCAACUGUCACUAUGCCACCCGUGACGACAAGACCUACUGGCUAUCCACUGUUGCUACUGAACAAGAGAUCCCAGAAAGCCCUGUGCGAGGAAACGAGGUUCUGCGGUUCAUCUCCCGGUGCGUGGUGUGCGAGGUCCCGUCUACCGUCAUGGCAUUCCACAGCCAGGGUUCCAACAUUCCCGACUGCCCCCUCCCCACACGGGAGCACAGCUGGCAGAGUAUUUGGGAAGGAUUCAGUUUCUUCAUGCACACGGCUGCCGGAGAGGGCAGCGGUCAGAUCUUCUCCAGCCCCGGCAGCUGUCUGGAGAGGUUCCGCCCCGCCCCCUUCAUCGAGUGUCACGGAGCGCGGGGAACCUGCGGCUUCUUUGCCAACAAGUUCAGCUUCUGGCUGGCGUCUGUUCCGGCUGAUUACGACCCACUGAGGAACCAGCAAGCCUACGAGCCGAGAGACGGGCGGGUGAGAGAGAUGGUGCGUAACCAGCAGCCUGUGACAGAGAUGGAGAAGAUGGUGGGACGGUGCCGUGUGUGUAUGAUGAUCACCGACACCGUUCGGGCUAAGAUCUCCGAGGUGGGGCCGGUGAGAGGAGCCAGGCCUGGCAUCAUCAUCGGAGAUCCCAGAUUGCGUGCACCACAGCCACCACGCCCCAGCUCUUAAAGUAGCGUUGAUUGUGGCGGAUGGGGCACCUUGCGACACUCCUUUGUACUGCAGUUUUUUUAUGUACUCCCGGUGCUAAUGUAGUUAAGGUCAGGGAAUAGAUGCCAAAUGUUAGGGUUUAUGAUACUAGUUCCUAGCUCAUAGUGUUUUGUCUUGUACUUUUUGUGAGCUGUAUUAUCAUACUAUUAGGAGAGAAUGGUUAACUUCAUCUUAUCUUUUGACUCUGUAGUGACAGAUGGACUAAAAGAAAGAAGAUAGAUAACCAAAUUUGUAGUGCUUUUUUUACCAGUUUUCAGAGUAAUCUCUACACAAAAAGCAAGACAUAUACACAUUAGCACAAACACCAAGCCAUCUCCUACCUCACGACAACUUUAUCUUCAUUGAGUUUUCUACACAUGCAUUUACACAUUCAAAGAUUAGAUACCCAAAUAAUCUGACAGUAAAAAGGUCAAUGUAUGUUUAAGCUUCAUUCCAAUGGAUAUAAAUCUGGAGUUUGUUUUGAAUAAAAUCCUCCUGAUUCUAAUGCUGGUUCACCUUUAUGCAUAUACACUAGAGUUGUUUUUUACUUAUCAAUGUUGUAAAUCAAGGUAACCGGUAUUAUUAUAGUUCCUUGCUAAUUAGCACUUUGAUUCGAAUUGUGAUCUAUAAACUAAUUUUAGACAAAGGACUCUAGCUUUUUUGGUGUUUCAAAAUCAGAAUUUUACCAUAUCUUAUCUACCUAUAAAUGUAAUCUCAGAAUAAUUCGUAAGCAUAAAUGAUGCUUAGAGCAACGAAAGUAAAUGUCUAACGUAACACAAGGCCAUAUUGAAUGGAAUCCAUAUAACGAUCUAAGGUGCUGUCUUUUAUCCAUUACCAAACAUGGACUGCUAUAGUGGUGCUAAACUAUAUUCCAUAACAACCUCAAAAAGAUUCAAACAAAAUCUUACACAUAGAAGUACAAAUGCCUUUAGGCAAGUAUUAUAAUAUAAGAUUUAGUUUUGUGUUCUUAUGAUUUGUUAAUAAACGUUGUAUACAAAUAGGGUAGGAAAAAGUUACAAUAAAUUGAUUCAAUUUGUUUGUUUUCUUUA